AGAGACUAAGCGCGACGCACGCGCACCCGGCGGAAUUAAAGCAGGGGACAGGAAACGCCCCUUCCCCAGGCGGAGUGUGGAUUGAGUUUAGGUUACUGUGAAGAGUGGCUGAUUUUGGAGCAAAGCUAGGAAAACGCGAAUUGCGCUGGGAAGGCAGAGUCAGUUUCCGCACCCGGGACAAUUUGACCAAGCACGUUUUUGUAACGAAACAAAACAAAUCCAAAGGUUUUGGAUUGUGGGAAAGCUUUCUGUAAGAAUCUACAAAGGCUGCGAGUCGCGUUUACUGUGUCUGCCGCUUAGAGGUGAAAGUUAAUGAGCAACUAGGUUGAUACUACAGCCCAAAGUGCCCACCGGGAGCCCCUUGCAACGCCCUCGAUUUCCCCCUGCUACUAAAGGAAUCUCUGAAAAUGUUUCACCUUCUACAGCGAUGUUGUUUCCAAGUUCCUUCCAAGAUGAUGUAUCUUCAAAGACUUCUGCAACCUGGAAGGAGUAAGGCAGUUGGCUCUCCUGUCCCUUUGGCUGUGCUGCCAAAAUCACAGCUGCUUAGGCAGGCAUCUGCCAGCAUAACCAAGGCACAGGGUUUCCAUUCUUCCUGCUGCAGCUGGAAGAAGAAACAACCUCCGGAACCUGAGCCGCGACAACUGGAUUUGUUGCGAUAUGACAUGCCCUCCCUCAAGGACUCUCCAAAGCCUGCUCUGUAUUUGGGCAUUGCAGGAUUAAUUCCCUUUGUUUCAGUGCCAUUGUUAAUGGCUAUCCAGAAGGUAUCCUACCCAGAGUUGGUGUUUGCUCAGAUUGCAUAUGGUGCAUCUAUACUAUCUUUCCUAGGAGGGAUCAGAUGGGGAUUUGCUUUGCCAGAAGGCAGUCCUGCCAGUCCUGAUUGGAUUAAUCUGGCUAACAGUGUUGUUCCUUCACUGCUUGCCUGGUUUACUUUGCUUUUCAAAGAUGACCUCACUCAAGCUGGACUCAUGCUUAUAAUAGGGUUAGGGAUAGCCUUGCAUUAUGAUCUUAGUCUUCUUCCCACCUAUCCCAGAUGGUUUAAAGCCAUGAGGGCAGUCCUGACUAUAGUAGCCACAGUUUCUCUGAUUACCACACUAUGUCUUGCAAACAUGUAUCCAGAGAAACGACUAAGUCGUGAUGCAAGUGAAACGAAAGUAUUGAAAUAAACAACCAAAAAUGCAUUGGCCUGUCCAGUGAGAGGGGACCUCUCUCCUUAACCAUUUUCAUAUUCUGUUUUACAUGUUUUCCCCUCUGAAGACUAUUGUGAGGGGAUGAGCAAAAGUUGGUUGUCUUCUCUGCUUAUGAACUUAUGGCUGAAUUUAUGGACUGAAAGAAGAACAAGCUCCAUGGAAGGGUGGAUACUGAAGACCUAAGAUGAAUUUGCUUGUUACAAUUUAGUAGAGGUGUGUAAUGUUUCUGCUCUAAUGCGCAAAGAUGAGUUAGGGCAUCUUCUUCCAUGGUUAGGUGGCUGAGCCACUGCUGUGGAGCACAUCUCUCUCCCUGUACAAGAAAAUUACUUCUUUGAAUGUUAUACCAGAGAGAAGACUUGUGGAGACUUCUUGAUAAUGUGGAAUGUUCUGAUACACACUGAAUAUUGAAAGAACACUACAAAUGUCCAGUUUCACUGAGAAACUUCAAUAGCCAUCAAAUUUUUGUGGUUUUAAAUACUUCUAGGAGCUCAGCUAGAAGGUGUACUAACUGCAUUGCUUUUUCCACAGGCUGUUCAACUGCCAUCCAUCCAUUGCUUUUUAAGCUAGAAGUUGUAUGCUGCUGUUUCUCUAUAUAGGCUAAUUCUUAGUGAGUAAAAUAUUUUCCUCUUUCACAAUUUUUAAAAACUGCUGUGGGUGAAUUAUUACUAGCCAUAGACAAUUAUGCUAUUUAAUUAAUACUACAGUUGUUAAAUGGCAGUAAAUCUCUUGUUUUAAUGGAACUUGCUUUCUGCUAAAUCCUGAUCAGUGGGCUGCUAACGUGGAAGCCUGCAAUAGCAACCACUAGCUGGUAGUAAGUGUUCAACCUCUGUGCAAAUGUUUUGGGAUGGAUGUUCAGUAAACAGCCAGUCUGGAAGCUCCCCAUAUUUAGUACUACAUAAAUGGGACUUCUAGUUAAGGAUGGUUAGACUGUGAUAAAAGUACACACAAGUCCUGCUUUCCAACACAGUGCAUUCGCAGGAAAUUGUUAGGCGAGCAUUUGCAUAACAAGCUUAUUUAUUAUUUCCUACAGGAACGUUUCUAAUCUGUGAUUUGUCCAAACUCCCUCCCUGGUUUUUGCCCCAAACUGCUGUAGCCAGCCAGCAAAAGUAAAAAAAAAGAAAAAAAUGAUUUGUCUGAUUUCUCCUGCUCCAAUUUGUCCUUAGAAAUAGGUAGGGAAGUAGACAAACAAUGGCUUUUUGGAUAUCUGAAUUAGCUGUUUAUAUAACAAGGUUUUGGUAUAGUUCUUUGGGUUUUGAUAAAUGAAAUUUUGGAUAAUUAGUGUUCCAAUAGCGGGACCUGCAUGUAUUUUAUUUAUUUGUUUAUUUAUUAGAUUUAUAUGCCGCCCUUCAUCAUAAUAUCUCAGGGCAGUUUACAGGAUAAAAUACAAGGUAAAAAUGGAUGUAAAUAUUUAAAACAAAAACAACAAAACAAUCCUUCCUCCCCACAAACACAUUUAAAAGGCUAUAGAAUAUUAAUCAACCGAAAGCCUGGUUGAAGAGUUAAGUUUUGUCUGGUGUCUAAAGAUGAAGGUUCCAGGUGAAGCUCUGUAAGGAGAGCAUUCUACAAAUGGGAAGCUACUGCAGAAAAGGCCUGUUCUUGUGUUGCCACCCUCCGAACCCCAUGUGGAGGCACAUGGAGAAAGGCCUCAGAUGAAUGCGGAGUCUGGGACAGUACAGUCGAACCUCUACUUACCACUGCCUCUUACGGUCGUUCCAAGUCGCGACCGUGGCAAACCUGGAACCAACCAGUGGGUUUGCUGCUGUUUGUGCAUGCGCAGGAGCGACAAUCGCCAUUUGCACAUGCGCAGAAGUGGGCAAUCGCCUGCGCACAACGGCACCUCUCCCAGCAACCUGUUUCAACCUCUGGAUGGACCUCCGGAACAGAUUAUGGUCGCAAAUAGAGGUUCCACUGUAUAUGGGAAGCAGUCCUUCAUGUAUUUUGUGGUCCUGAGCUGUUUAAGGCUUUAUAGGUCAAAACCAGCACUCUGAAUUGGGACCAGAAGCUAAUAGACAGCCAAAGCAGUUGGGCUAGGAUCUGUGUAAUAUACCCCAGUGGCCGCCUGGCCGCCAAAUUCUGCACCAGCUGAAGCUUCCAAACCGUCUUCAGAGGCAGCCCUAUGUAUCAGGCAUUGCAGUAAUCUAACAUAGAGGUUACCAAAGUAUAGACAACAGAAGUCAGGGGCGCAGAUAGGGGUGCAGCUGAGCCACCAGCCAAAGCUGAUGGAAGGCACUCUGUGCCAUCAAGGCCUCUUGAGCCUCAAGCAAUAGCAAAGGAUCCAGGAGUACCUGCAAGCUAUGUACCUGCUCCUUCAGAGGGAGUGUAACCCCAUCCUCUCAGCCAUUUGGUCUAAGUUGCCUCAGUCUUCUUUGGAUUGAGCUUCAGUUUGUUGUCUGUCAUCCAGUGCAUUACUGGGGCAAGACAUCGGUCCAGCACAUCCAGUGCCUCCCUUGCAGAUGCAAAGGAGCUGUGCGUCAUAAGGCAGGGAACUCUUUUCCACUGACAUGGUAAUAGUACUGAGCCAUAAAUAGUGAUGCUUCUCCACCGAUGUAACUGUGUAUGGGGUAUGG